AUGCCCGUGCUGAGAAAAAGAGCUCAAGGGGAUAAUAAGAUCGUCAAUGGACUCUUUAUUCAUUCGAACCCGCCCAGAGUCCUCCAACUGAAUUCUGCCUACGUGCGCCAGCUGAUCAGACACGGCGAUGUUGACAAAUUGGAACAGGCCGUCCUCGAAGGCCAAGGUAAAAAACUUAUCGGAGAAUAUUCAGCUGACUACAAGACCAGAACCUUCCUCAAAUCGAUACCAGCUCUAAUGUCAAAAAUUUCACUUCUUCACGAUGCAGUCAACAGCGACAGAUUGGACGAGCUUAAAUCACUUUUGGAUGAAGAACCCGAAAAGAAAAGGAAGAUGGUGAUGGCUAAGGACGAAAGUGGGGUUGGUUUAUUACAUAAGGCUGUCUAUUACGAUUUGAAGGAUAUAUACAAGUGGAUGGUUGAUAAAUAUCCUCAGACAGUACAUAUGAGAGAUUCGGGAUUGAUUAAAGAAAUUCACUGUGACGUACAGAAUGACGACCUAGAAAAAUUGAAGGAACGAGUCACUCCCCCUAUACCCCCCAUCGUCCUUUCUGGAAAGGAUAUCAAUGGACUAUCACCAUUACACAAGAAACAAAAAACUGCUGCAUAUUAUAAAACCCGCCAUUCCGAAAUCGACUCAAAACUACUAAACGUCAUUCCCGAUUGUCCAAGAUCAGCUAAAGAAUCAUUGGCUGCCAACUUUGACUGGAAUAUGCUAACAUCUUCGCCUUCUAUGAACUGGAUUCAAAACGGCGUUAAAAAAGCCGAGAGUAUGUUACAUAAGAGCAACGAUGAUGAGUCUGAAAACGCAACUAAUGGACAUGAUGGUACGGAGAAUGGAUCAGCAGAUGAACCUGUUGAAAAUGGCAACCACGAACCUGAAGAAACCAACGAAGAACAAAAAGAAGAAACUCCUGAAGCUUCCAAUGAUCCUGAAGAACCUGAUCCGCCCAAAGAAGAACCAGAGCCUGAGAAGUCUGAAGAAGAACCUGAACCAGAAGAAUCUAAAGUGGAACCAAAGGCUGAACAGGUUAAGGAAGAACCGGUGCCUUCAUCACCAGGACCUGUAGAACCAGAACACGAACCAGAACCAGAACACGAACAAGAACCAGAACCAGAAGAGUCGAAAGAAGAGGAUACUGCACCGGACAACAACAAUUCUGAAGAGACUGAGGACAAAAAUGAACCAGAGGUGGAACGGGAGGUAGAUAAAGAAGAAGAAGAAGUAAUUGAUAGCAACAAUAAUGGUACUGAAGCUGACGAUGAAAAGGAAGCAGAACACGAAGAGGUUAAAGAGGAAGAAAAGUCUCAAUCUAGACCUGCAAGUAAUACAACCCGUCCAAAUAGCUCAAAAGAAGCAACAACUCGACCAAACAGCGUGAAAUCUCGACCUUCUUCCAGUCACAUUGAAGACAAGUCCAGACCCAGCAGUAAAACAUCAGGAAAGCUACCGCCUGUAGAAGACGGAGAAGGGAUAAUAGAGGGAGUAGUGCAUGGUGAAGACGAAAUCGAUCCAAUGGACAACGAAGGUAUGAAUGAACCUAGAACGUCGGACAAUAAUGAAGACGUUAAAGUUUUAGUGGAAACCGGUAAUAUGGAGCAGUUGGCUGCAUUGGUACUUAAUGGCGAAGGGGAUAGAUUAGUUGGAAUGACUAGUGAUAACCCAGAAUUGCAGACUUUUUUAGAGAACGUUCCGACAUACAUGUCAAAGAUACAUAGAAUUCAUGAAGCAGCCAGAUCAGGAAGUUUACGAGAUCUACAAGCAGCUUUAGACAGGCGUAAAUUUGCUAUUGCCAAAGACAGCAUAUCACCUAAAGGUGCUUCACCACUUCAUGUAGCAGUAGUGUUUGGUAAUACUAGCAUUGUAAGAUAUUUAGCAGGGAGGUUCCCUGAAACUCUCCAAAUGGUAGAUGAUGAAGGUAGAACGCCUUUACAUUAUGCUGCAGUAUUAAAUGAUAACGGACACUACUAUAAUUUGCUAGUUCAUUUAGGAGCUGAUAUGAGGGUAGAUGAUAACCAAGGCUUUAGUCCCGAAUACUAUAGGAAAAACCAACAGGACUUUAACCACAGGAGCUUACUUCGCGAUUUUGGAGCUGAGGAAGAUGAAGCUGAAGAAAUACUUGCUGAUAAAGUGCCCAACGACGUAUACUCAGCAAGAAAAAACCUCGACGACGAAGACAUGUUGGCGGUUCUGGAACGCUGCUACAACGUCUUGCAAAGCAGAAGAGGAUCGACGGUUUCUACGACAUCAGCUAGCACGAUUAGUUCGACAAGCACAUCUGGAUUCUUUCUGAGCAAACACGUCAGGAGACAUAUUUUUGAUAUAGUUAAACUUAGACUUACGAAACAAGACAACAAUCUGUAUGAUAUAAUUUGGCCUAGUGUUAAGAAACUUCCUAUAGAACCAAGUUUUCGAGUAGCUUUGGAGCAAGACUUUCCUAUGGGUGUCUCCGCUCCAGAUUUCUACUCUUAUCAUGUAUUUAAGGAAUUUUUGGAUCCGAUUUUAAAAGACUAUAAUCACUUGAAUAUCUAUAACGACUUACCAGAUCAACCACAGAGUAGCUUCAGCGAAAAAGAUGGAAACGCCAACACUGAUUUUGAUAGAGAUUUGGACCCACAACUCAAAUAUAUUUUAUCAGGAACUCUUGAGGCUUCUAGAAACAUAGAAGGCUUUGAGUUACCUAAAUCGUUAAAUACUGGCCAACUAGAGCUAGUGGAACGGAUAAUAACGACGGUUUUGAUGAGCAAAGAAGUGGCCAAAGCUUUGUAUCCUCUAACGCCAGAAAGAGAAAUUGAGGAAAAAGGUAGUGGGACUUACUACACCAUGAACGAGGUGUUAGAAGAUACAUCAGAAGCCAAAGUUGUGCUUGCCAGUAACGGCCUUCUCAUUCCCUUAUGGAAUAUACCAGAUUCUGAUAGAUUACAUGGAAAGUACUGGCCUUACGGUAGAGGAGUGUUUGUAAGCAACGGUGCCAACUUAGCAGUGUGGGUCAAUGUCUUAGAUCACAUUAGAAUUAUCACUUGUACUGACCACGCUCAUCCUGCAAACGUAGGACAGGUAUUCUCUAGAGUUUCGAGACUUGUAGGAGUACUACACCAACAUUUGAAUUUUGUUUUUGACAAGAAACUGGGAUUCUUGUCCGCCAGACCUUCUGCUAUUGGAAACACCUUACAAUACAACUUAACGCUGCGGUUUCCUCAUCUAAUUAAAGAACCUGAGAACUUGAGGCAUUUGUGUACGGUCAGAAGUUUGACGUACCAUAGAAAUACGAGUACCACUGACGUGGUUCGUAUUGGAAAUCAACAAUGUCUAGGUGUAACAGAAACACAAGGAUUUGAAGAUUUUACAAUGGCUGUAGCGAAUAUAUUACAGCUGGAAAAAGAUCUUGCUAUGUCAAACUCCAUGCAUAUAGCAGCUGCCUUUUUAAACAUUUUCAAGAAAAAGAAACUUGCUGAAAGUGCCUAA